AUGGUAGCAAUGGCAAGGACCGGCGUCAUGAGUGUCCCGAGUCAUGGAUUCGCUGUGCAGACAAAAGAAUGGGAUUCUAUUCUUCAUAUGAACAAUUCAGUUGACCCCAAGCCUCUCCAUACCAGAUCACCAUCUCCAAAUGUCACCAUCACUCAUACGCACUAUACCAUGGAAACACACAUAACAAUUGAAGGCUCUCCCGCAGAGCAAGCCAGGAUACUGAAAGUGCUCAAACGUUGUGGCUUGAUCAAUCAGUACAACGAAAUCACACCCACUCGAGCCGAUGCAUUCGACGCGUUCAACAAGAACCAAGAGAUGCUGAUAACCACAUUAGAAGCACAGUGUCAAGAAAAGAAUGCGCUGAUCACAAAAAUCGGACAAGAAUCAACCGUCCAUGGCGAAAAGCGCAGAGAUGCAGAAAUUGAAAAUCGCAGGCUGGAAAAAUCAAACGUAGCAAAAUCCAUUGUGAUUAACACACUUUGA